UUAAAUAAAAGAAAACCCCCCCAAAAAAAACCCUCAAUCCUCUCUCUCCUCCUCCUGAAUCCAUCAAUGGCCCCCAAAAUCCCAUUAAGGAGAAGAACCCAAGCGAAGAAACCCUCCAAAUUCUCCGACAGCGACGACGUCGAGUGCGACAGAUGCGGAUCCGGCGACCGCCCCGAUGAGCUCCUCCUCUGCGACGGCUGCGACCGAGGCCUCCACCUCUUCUGCCUCCGCCCGAUCCUUGCUCGAGUCCCCGACGGUCAUUGGUUCUGCCCAUCUUGCUCCUCCAACAAAAAUAAUCCCAAACGAUUUCCUUUGGUUCAGACCAAAAUCAUCGAUUUCUUCAAAAUCCAGAGAACCCCUUUUGAGACCGUGAGCAGGAAGAGGAAGAAGAAGCAAGGAGGAGGGCUCGCAGUGGCGAAGAAGAAGAGAAGGCUGCUUCCAUUCAAUCCGAGCGAAGACCCAGAUCGAAGAAUGGAGCAAAUGGCUUCUCUAGCGACGGCUUUGAUGGCCACCGGAGCUAAGUACAGUAAUGAGCUCACUUAUGUCGAUGGAAUGGCUCCGAGGUCCGCUAACUCUCCUCAUCUUGAACACGGAGGAAUGCAGGUAAUGUGUAAAGAGGAUGCUGAAGCUCUGAACUUAUGCAAGAAGAUGAUGGGGAUAGGAGAAUGCCCUCCUCUAAUGGUCGUAUUCGACCCUAAAGAGGGGUUCACAGUUGAGGCUGAUAGAUUCAUCAGAGAUUUAACAAUCAUCACUGAAUACGUCGGAGAUGUUGACUUCUUGAGCAACAGGGAGCACGACGAUGGAGACAGCAUGAUGACGUUGCUAUCAGCGAAAGACCCAACAAAGAGUCUUGUGAUUUGCCCCGAUAAGCGCAGCAACAUAGCAAGAUUCAUCAAUGGAAUCAACAACUAUACACCGGAUGGGAGGAAGAAGCAGAAUGUGAAGUGCGUGAGGUUCAAUUUGGAUGGAGAGUGCAGGGUUCUGUUGAUUGCAGCGAGAGAUAUUGCAAAGGGGGAGAGGUUGUAUUAUGAUUAUAAUGGAUAUGAGCAUGAGUACCCAACUCAGCAUUUUGUUUGA